UAUUGGUCAAAUCGUGGUAUCUCUGGACCCAAACCGUGGCCUAUAUUUGGAAAUUUGUUUCAAUUAUAUUUUCUAAAGCCUUUACUAAUCACUGAAAUAGAAUGGCUGAACAAAUUUGGCAAAAUUUAUGGAUAUCAUUUAAUGGGUUGGCCUAUACUAACCGUUGCCGAACCGGAACUCAUCAAACAGAUACUGAUAAAAGAUUUUCAUAUAUUACCCAAUCGUAUGAACGCCGAGUUCCCCCAUCCAAUCAUCAGUCAAAGUCUUAUCUUAAUUGAUGGCAAUCGCUGGAAACGGAUCCGAUCGAUAACAACACCGAUCUUUACUUCGGGUAAAAUGAAACGCAUGUAUCCACUGAUGAAACAAUGUUUGGACGACUUAACCAACUAUUUGAGUCCAUUGGCCGACCAAAAGUCAAUUAUAGAAGUUAAACAUAUAUAUAGUCGGUUAUCAUUGGAUAUAGUGUUUACCUGUUCAUUUGCUAACAAAUUGAAUCCAUAUAAUAAUGAUAAUAAUAAUGAUAAUCAAUUAAUACGAAUGAUUAUAGAAUCGGUUCAAUUUUUGAUAAUAUCAUUUGUUGCCCAAACACUUACACCCAAAAUGUUUAGUAAAUUACUAUACAAUUUGGGUUUGUUUAACACUAUGUCCACUAAAUAUGUAAUCAAAUAUUUACGCCAUUUGCUCGAUAGUAGGCGUAAAAGUGAUAAACAAUUUAACGAUUUAAUUCAAUUGUUUAUUGAAGCCGAACACAGAGAUACCGAUAACAAUGAUUCUAAAGAGGAAAUGGAUCAAAACACGAUGAAUAUAAAAUUAGAUAAAAAUAAUAAUAAACUAAAUGAAGACGAAAUAAUAGCCCAAUUUAUGACUACAUUAUUUGCCGCCUACGAGACAACUGCCUCGACAUUGUCUUUCCUGACCUAUGAAUUGGCCAUCAAUGAGGACUGUCAGCAGCGGCUAUACGAUGAAGUUAUGGCUGCCGUCGACGUCGAUGACAAUGGAGAGACUACUAUAGAUUACGAUGUAUUGUCGGGACUGACAUAUUUGGACGCCUGUGUUAAGGAAGCGCUUCGAUUGCAUUCACCUUUUACUAGACUUAUACGCAAAGCCGCCGAUGACUAUAAACUGGGCGACACUGGGAUUACAAUACAAAAAGGCCAGAGAGUAGACAUUCCCAUCUAUGCUAUACACUAUUCGGAAGAGUACUAUCCAAAUGCCAAUAAGUUUAUACCGGACCGGUUUUUACCCGAAAAUAUCAAAAAUAUUAAGCCAUUUACUUAUCUACCGUUUGGUUCCGGUCCGCGUAUUUGUAUUGGACAACGGUUUGCAUUAUUGGAGAUGAAGUUAUGUUUGGCUCAUAUCAUACAAAAAUACCGAUUCUUUCCGCCAAACAAAACUAAAUUUUCACUAAAGUAUGUAAAGUCGGCAAAACUGGCCGCUAAACAUGUUUUUGUCGGUAUUGAACAUAGAAAUUAA